UGGGAGUACAUUGUAGCUUAUUGGUUGAGUUCGCUAGCAGCUGAAUGAGGAACAAGCUAGCUUGUUAGCUCGCUAACAGCGUGUCAAAUAUUGUAGCUAACUCGACUUUCAACAUGGAAAUAUACUAAAGCGGUUUGUUAACACAGUUCACUACUUUUUCUUCAAUGUACUUACGUAAUUAAAAUCGUUUUUGUUCCAGAACGUCCUGCUAGAUAGACGUGCCAUAUGACGUUCUGGCCCCGCCCCCUUCUCGCCAACCAAUGGCGCGCUCCGAAACGAACAAGCCUCGCCGGAUGACACCAACUAAACUCAUUCCAACUACAUUUGCCGCCAUGGAGCCAGACUGGGACUUGAUCCUCGAACUGAUCGACGAGGACUUAGGUCCCAAAAUCUCGCCGGAAAUUGGCCCCCGUGGUCGGUUCGAAGACUGCAUCUACCACGGGGAACAGAUAAUGGCGCCUUUCAAUCAUCUGGCCCCUCCCCAAACAGUAAGACCCCCAAUGGCGCCCGUCAAUCAUCUAGUCCCUCAGCCACAAACAGUGAGACCCUCAGUGGCGCCCGUCAAUCAGCUGCCGCCACCUCCACCGACAGUCAGCUGUGUUCCUGUGGCGAUGCAGCCGGAGGUCAUGGGCCAAAAUCCAGUUGGAGUCAUGUGUAGCAACGGUCAGCUGCUGUUCAAGAUGGAACCUGGAGAGGAACCUGACACCUUCUUCACCAACCCUCCUCCAAACUCAUCCAAGAGAAAGAGGAGGACAGGGAACAACGACGACAGGCCUUACAUCAAGAAGCCUCCAAACGCCUUCAUGCUGUUCAUGAAGGAGCAGCGUCCCAACGUCAAGGCCAAGUUCCUCAACAAGGACAGCGCCACCGUCAACAAAGCCCUCGACUAGAGAGAGUAGAAUACUAGUUAAUAAUAAUGAUAAAUGAUAAAUGGGUUAUACUUGUAUACUGCUUUUCUACCUUCAAGGUACUCAAAGCGCUUUGACAGUAUUUCCACAUUCACCCAUUCACACACACAUUCACACUGAUGGCGGGAGCAUAUGUUACAAACAUGAGACUAGACAACUUGUUAAUAAUGUUAGAAACAUGGGACUAGACUACUAGUUAAUAAUGUUAGAAACAUGAUACUAGACUACUAAUUAAUAAUGCUAGAAACAUGGGACUAGACUACUAGCUAAUAAUGUUAGAAACAUGAGACUAGACUACUAGUUAAUAAUGUUAGUAACAUGAUAGACUACUAGUUAAUAAUUUUAGACACAUGAGACUAGACUACUAGUUAAUAAUGUUAGAAACAUGAGACUAGACUACAAGUUAAUACUGCUAGAAACAUGAGACUAGACUACUAGUUAAUAAUGUUAGUGACAUGAGACUAGACUACUGGUUAAUGUUAGUGACAUGAGACUAGACUUCUAGUUAAUAUUGUUAGAAACAUGAGACUAGACUACUAGUUAAUGUUAUAAAUAUGAUACUAGACUACAAGUAAUGCUAGACACACAAGACUUGACUACUAGUUAAUAAUGCUAGAAACAUGAGACUAGACUACUUGUUAAUAAUGUUAUAAACACGGGACUAGACUACUAGCUAAUAAUGUUAGAAACAUGAAAAUAGACUACUAGUUAAUGUUAGUAACAUUAUAGACUACUAGUUAAUAAUAGAAACAUUAUACUAGACUACUAGUUAAUACUGUUAGAAAUAUUAGACCAUACGACUAGUUAAUAAUGCUAGAAACAUGAGACUAGACUACUAGUUAAUGUUAUAAACAUGAGACUAGACUACUAGUUAAUAAUGUUAGUGCCAUGGGACUAGACUUCUAGUUAAUACUGUUAGUGACAUGAGACUAGACUAGUAGUUAAUAAUGUUAGUAAAAUUUAGUUAGUAUUGUUAGAAACAUGUUAAUAUUGUUAGAAACAUGAGACUAGACUACUAGUUAAUGUUAUAAAUAUGAUACUAGACUACAAGUUAAUGCUAGACACACAAGAAUGGACUACUAGUUAAUAAUGCUAGAAACAUGAGACUAGACUACUUGUUAAUAAUGUUAUAAACACUGGACUAGACUACUAGCUAAUGUUAGAAACAUGAAACUAGACUACUAGUUAAUGUUCGUAACAUAGACUACUGGUUAAUAAUAAAAACAUACUAGGCUACUAGUUAAUAAUGUUAGAAAUAUUACACCAUACGACUAGUUAAUAAUGCUAGAAACAUGAGACUAGACUACUAGUUAAUAACGUUAUAACAUGAGAAUAGACUAAUAGUUAAUAAUGUUAGUGCCAUGGGACUAGACUGCUAGUUAAUACUGUUAGUGACAUGAGACUAGACUACUAGUUAAUAAUGUUGGUGAAAUUAGACUAGACUAGUUAAUGUUAGAAAUAUGAUACUAAACUACAAGUUAAUAAUUUUAGAAACAUGAGACUAGACUAGUUAAUAAUGUUUGAAACAUGGGACUAUAUCACUAGUUAAUAAUGUUAGAAACAUGAGACUAGAUGACUAGUUAACAAUGUUAUAAACAUGAGACUAGACUACUAGUUAAUAAUGUAAGAAACAUGAGACUUGAUGACUAGUUAAUAAUGUUACAACCAUGAGACUAGACUACUAGUUAAUAAUGUUAGAAACAUGAUACUAGACGACUAGUUAAUAAUGUUAGGAAGAUGAGACUAGAUGACUAGUUAAUAAUGUUAGAAACAUGAGACCAGACGACUUGUUGAUAAUGUUAGAAACAUGGGACUAGACUACUAGUUAAUGUUGGAAACAUACUAGACUACACGUUAAUAAUGCUAGAAACAUACUAGACUACAAGUUAAUAAUGCUAGAAACAUGAGAAUGGACUACUAGUUAAUAAUGUUAGUAACAUGGGACUAGAUUACUAGUUAUUGUUAGAAACAUGAGACUAGACUACAAGUUAAUAAUGUUAGAAACAUGAGACUAGACUACUAGUUAAUCAUGUUAGAAACAUGGGACUAAACUACUAGUUAAUAAUGUUAGAAACAUGGGACUAGAUGACUACUUAAUAAUGUUAGAAACAUGAGACUAGACUACUAGUUAAUAAUGUUUGUAAACUAAUAAAAUAAAUAACAAAAUAUGAACGAUCUGCUAUUUUAAAAUAAUAAUUUGGUCCAAUAAUAUUCAAAUAGCAACUACUGCAUAACAUAAAUGUAUUUCCAUGCUUAAAUAAGAAUACUAGACCAAAUUAAAUGUUACACAGCCGUAACUUCCUGCCUCUUAGUUUGCAGAAAAUAGACAUUCUCAGGUUUCUCUAUGUUUACAUUUUCACACUUAGCACAACUUUGUUACACUCUAGUAAGCAAUUGUUAUGUAUU